UUAACAAAACCCAAAGAAAAAAGUGACCACCUAAAAUGCCUUCUCUUUGUCAGCUUGCAAGUUUCUCCUUAUCCACACAGAUUCAGUAGUCCCCAGCUUGUGUGGCUUCAAUUCUUGCGUUCCUCUCGAUACCCACCUCCAUCUUUGUCGUCUUCUCCUUCCGUGUUUUCGUUUUCAAUUCUUCCUUCUCCAUGGUGUGCUGUCUAUGUCUGAUUUCUUGAUGCUAUAUGCUCUGUUUCACAUUCUUCAGUUCUCUCUGCAAAUAUGUCAUAGCCCAUAUAACUCAUUGAAGUUCUGCGAGAAGAGUUUCCCGCUGUUUUCUUUUUAAAUACUAGACUUCCCUGGGCUUCGGUGAGUCACGGUUGGGAACGAAAACCUGUCAGUGAGUUAAAUUUGGUUGAUGGGCAUUUAUUGAAAUGGAGAGAUUCUCUCAGAGGGACAAUGUUCUUGUAGAUUAUAGCAAUAGAAGUCCUAAAAGAGAAGUACUGGGCCAUGGCUUUUUGCCGAAGAAUUUGUACCGAAACUCGGACGUUGAUUUCAACGAUGUUUUCGGCGGUCCGCCAAGGAGGUCAUCGGUCCAUGAGAUGAAGUACAGUCUCAGUGAAGCUGCUGAUUCGUAUGGAUAUAGCAGAAGAGGCGAAAUCCCCCCGCACAGGAAUCCGUGGACCGGUGAGAAUGAGAAGCCGGUUUUCGGAGAGGAAAACACGGGCAGGAGGAGAUUCAUGAGUGAAGACUUCUUUGAUGAUAUAUUUAGGGGCAGCGAAUCGGCUAGUUCCACUCCGCGGAAGCAUGACCGAGACGUGUUCUCAACGUCCCCAGGUUCGUGGGCCAUGAGCCCCGUGAGGCCUCUGCCACCGCGAGCCAAGCCCUUGCUGAGCUCCUCGGUUCCGUCACAGUUCAGCCUCCCUGUGACAAUGAGCAAACCAGUGGACUCCUCAGCACUCCACCCACGCUCUCCCAAGGUUUCUAUAUUGGGAUAUCCAAGCCGAAUGACACAAGUUCAGGAUGCGUCCAAGGUUGUCAUUCAAUCGUCCUAUUGUCCAAGCCCUCUGUCCCAUGAGUUCUCCCUUAGCGGCGACAAGAUUCUGAAUGCGAGCAAAUCUGACAAAGUCCACAAUUCUAAUAAGGGCGCGGAUCAAGAUAUGCCAAGCAGUGCCCAAUUUCACUUCUCUAUAUACAAAUGGGCUAGCAAAGGAAUACCGCUGGUGAUGCCUCUUAGAAGAGCAAACAGUUCGAAAUCAAAAGAGAGAGUUAAAACAGAAAGCUCGAACGGAAAUGAGAAGAUAGACAGUCAGAAUCGGACAGUGGAAUUGGCAUCACCAUCUGCUGAGAAGAUCGAUUCUUUCUCUUUGAAGAGUAAAGUGCCAAACACUGCAUCCUCUGGAGUUGAAAACAGCAAAUUGGAAAGUGAGAUGGUGAAGCAAUCAAGCUUGCAAGUCAAAGCGGAAACAAGCCACGCUGCUGAAGAAGUAGGCAUCGAUAUUAGUAGACCAAAAACUUUGAGCAGCUUAAGGAACAGUGCAGAUGGUCAUAGUGAUGCUGUGCCAUGCAAUACAAGAGGAGAAACAAAAUCCCAUGCACCGCCUCAGACCCAUUUGCAUCAGAGUAUGGAGAAAAAGGAAGAACUAUCCAAGCCCGAAUUGAAACCUCUUCGUUCUUUGCUUAGUGAUAAAGAUGAACAAGUUGCAGAUAUGACUGAGGUCAAGAUAGACAGGAAGAAGGAAGCAGAAUCUAGAAGUUUGAGGAGUAUUGAACAGUCUCUUGGGCAGAAUGAUGCUGAUAAAGGAGUAAAGAAACAAGACGGUCCUCGCAGUUCGAACAGCAAACGAGUAACAAAAGUUGCAUCGCAGGGAUCACCAACAGAUCAACGAGAUGGCAUUGGUAGAAGCAGAGCAAAAGGAACGGUUAAAGAGUUCAUUAAAAUCUUCAAUCAGGGAGCUCCUUUGAAACCUAAAGUUGACGUUCGACCUCAAGGUGGGAGCUUUAGAAGGAACGAGAGAGGGGGAAAAGUGGACGAUUUAGCAGAUCAUACCAAUAUUGGAGUAGAACGACAAGUAAAAGUGUCCCACGUGGGAACUACCAACACAAUACCUGAAACUUCCAAUCAUACUUCCAAUCAUAAUGUAAAUCAGUUUCAUAAACAGACCGAUAGAGAACACUCUGGCAGAAGUACUGCUAGCUUUCUCUUUAGCGAUGGUUCAUCAGAGGAGAAGAAUAGCUCAGCAUCAAGUACUGAAUCUGCUCCUGAGGAUGCAAGACCCACGGAUAUUGAAAUUGAUGAGUCCUUCAGUGGGAACUUUGUGCUAAAAGAAUUGCCCCAAGAUGAAGAUAAGCAAAGACAACCAAGUGAAGAACUUGAUGAUAUCAUAGUUAUUGAUGCUAAAAUACGGCAGUGGUCUCGUGGGAAGGAAGGAAAUAUACGGUCCCUUCUGUCAACUUUGCAGUAUGUUCUUUGGCCGAAGAGUGGGUGGAAGCCAGUUCCUCUUGUUGACAUAAUUGAAGGGCCUGCAGUGAAGAGAGCAUAUCAGAAAGCCUUGCUUUGCCUUCAUCCAGACAAAUUGCAGCAGAAGGGUGCUGCUUCACAUCAAAAGUACAUAGCGGAACAAGUCUUCGACAUAUUGCAGGAAUCAUGGACUCACUUCAAUUCGCUUGGAUCUGUAUGAGCCAUCAAAACUUGCCUACUUCGUUCUCAGCAAUUGCAUGCGAAGGACAUGGAUUGGAUCUAUAUGAGCCGUCAAAAUUUGCUUACUUCGCACCCAGCAAUUACUUGCACAGGAUCUGGAAUUGCUUACCAUAGUAAAUACCGCACCAGUUCACAAAAUUAGACCAGUUGUGAGGCAACAUUGAGUGAUUUUCAGAGCUGUAUUGGUCAAUAAUACACUCCAUUUCUCUUACCUCUCAUACUAUGAGACUCCUAACUGCUUAUAUAGAGCACCGAGGAGAGUAUUUUUACGGUCAA